GACGCUAUCCCCUCCCCUCAUAUAUGGCCUUUUUUUCAAACAAUGAAAUUAAAUUAAAUUAAAUUAAACGAGUUUCGCAAUUCACAGCGCACUGGAAUCUGAAAACGGAAAAAACAAAUAGCGCAAGAAAAAGGAAGAGAAAAGAAAUACCAUUAAAGAGUCUGAAACCCAAUAAAACUAAAAGACUAAAGUUGCUCUCUCUCUCUCUCUCCCUCCCUAUCUCGCGUUGGGAUACACAAUACAAAUAUCUCCGGCAACUGCAAUUUGCCAAUUUCAAGCCAAGCUUGUGCUCUCCGUCUCGCCUCUCCUCUCCGCAACUCACUGAUCCGAUAGAAGAAGAAGCAUGAGCUAUUACAACCAGCAGCAACCUCCAGUCGGCGUUCCACCCCCUCAAGGUUAUCCGCCGGAAGGUUAUCCGAAAGACGCUUAUCCGCCGCCCGGCUAUCCUCCGCAGGCGUAUCCUCCUCCUGGAUAUCCUCCGCAGCCCGGUUACCCAGCUCCUCCGCCGCCUUAUGCCCCUCAAUACGCCCAGCCACCGCCACAGCAACAGCAGAACAGCAACGCCGGUUGCUUGGAAGGCUGUUUGGCCGCUCUGUGCUGUUGCUGCCUACUGGAUGCCUGCUUCUGAGUGAAGAAAUGGGAUGAGCAAUUGGACAUAAUGGUGCAGAUGGGAGAGUUAUAUUGUGCACUUGAAAUUUGAUUGAGAUUAAGCUUUGGAUUUAUUUUCGGUUUGUGAAGAAAUUUGGUUCUUAAUUGUUGCAUUUUGCGCAGUGGCCUCUGUUCAGUCUAUGUCCUUUCUAUCCUAUCGUGUUUGCAGACAAGUCAUUUCUGGGUUCAGCACCCUUCUACCGAAUCUUUUCGCCCCUGGUUUUCCAAUUAGCUAUUUCAUGCACAUUCUCACCUUCCCUAAUCUGAUAUUUUGUUGGGCAUUCAUUAUCUGUUAGGGGGAGAGUUGUAGGUAAUUGAUAACAAUAUUUCAAUUUUUUUUUUUUGCUGUGAUAAUAGAUUAUUAUUAGUUUCCCUAGAAAAAUCAUAAUCAGAGUUCCUUGAGAAAAGUAUUAGAAUGAGAGUUAAUGUCAGUUAAUGUGCCUCUGCCUCACAUAUGGGUACCUCAAUACGCAUAAAUGUCUCGCAUCAAGCAUGAUUUUGUUAAAUGUCUGGCAUGAAGCAUGAGUUGAGUCAAGUUGAGUAAUAUCUUUGUGGGUAUGAGUUGAGACAGGCCAAUCGGUUUUUUUUCUUCUGUUGGUUGUUGGCUCAAGGUUGGAUCCUAGGAUUAGCGAAUAUCUAAUCCUCAAAUUACCAUUAGGCUAACCUCUUUAGACUCGGGGCGAUCAAUCCCCAAAUUACAUGUCUAGAUCCAACAACUCUCAAUACUAUUCCCACCUUCUGAUUGUUACGUUAUCCACUAGGGACCCACAAUUUUGGGUGUUUGGCCUCGAACCCUCGACUGUUCGUGACUUUUUCCGUGGUGACUGGAUAUGGAUAAAACUCAAAGAAAAAGAUUGACGUGGAUGGAGCGCAACUGGUUUUAGGCUCCUUUUUUUUUGCCAAUAGGAACUCAUAUUCAACGAAACAACGAUAAGAACACUAGGUUUACGAAGAGCGAACCCAAGAACAAAAGUCAAAUAUAACGCACCCUACCGGGUAUAAAGACAGGGUCUUUCUUGUCACAAAAUGGGCAACUCUAUUUUGACUACGCCGCACAAAAAAGAUUUUAUAUCCUAUCAGGUUCUGUAAAUGCUUCGAAUCUCUUGUAAAAUGGCUCAACCGUGGAAAUCCCAUACAUGUUCGAAAUUGACCUUCUAAAUCACCACUUGAACUUCCCCAAGUACAUCAACCUACGCCAACCCAAUAGUGGACACCAAAGCAAAGUGUCCUAAGGCAAUUAAUUCGAUUAGGAAAGGAUCAAACAAUCCUGGCAUACAACGACCACCCACAGCGACGACAGAGCCUGAUACAUAACUUAGAACAAACCCUAUCGCUCCAUGAGAUAACCGCUUUGUAGCACCAUAAAAAAUGCUAUCGACGGAGACUCGGUUGCAAUCUGCUGGUGAGUAACAUUGGCCAGAGCUCGUCGCUUAGGAACCAACUCUAGGAAGUAGGAACUGUGGCGUCUGCAGAAACCAUUGCCGCCCCAACACCAAGAUCGCAGCGUGCGACCCAUCAAACAGAACGUUGUUCCUAGACUUCCACAACCUCCAAAAACCAUAUAGGAUUUUAAACUUAACCUCAUGUUCCAGUUGUUUAUCUUCUAACACCCUGCGCCACAAAACAACAAUAUUAGUAGAGCAUAUAUGUUUUCUAAACACACCCAGGAGGCCAACCUCUGCCCAAAUUCCUAUUGCAACAGGACACUCUAGGAACAAGUGAGUUACACUCUCUGUCUCCUCUAAGCAGCCUAGACACACACCUUUCUUUGCAACAAGGCUUCUCCGAUUGGUGAAAAUGGCGAAUCAACUUUGGAGGGCAUUCUAAUCCCCACACCAGAUUCCACCUGUUAUCUAUAUUAACCGGUACAGACCAGUGCCGGAAAUACUUGACGCACAAGAUCAGCUAUCCCGGCCCUCUUUCACAAUGAAUAAAGGCUGCAACCUUUC